AUGCCACAAUUGGUUCAGAUUAUUAGGAAGGGGAAUGAACAUUUAGCGCAAGAUGGCGAUGAAAUUGAACUGGAUAUUGAAGCCCUUGAUACUGAGACUCUUUGGGAACUUGAUCGAUUCGUGACUAACUGGAGCCUAAAAAACACGAGGAUGAGGAUGUGGACAUUGAUGAGGAUAUCUGCUACACACUUUCCUCCCGUGGAGAUUGAAAAGGAUAAAGGAGGUGGAGAAGUUGGUCAUGAUCAAGAUCGUGAUUAUGGUAAUGCCUCUAGUGGCUUGAGCAGUUCCAGUAGCUCAAGUAGCAGUUUCUCAUCUUCCAGUGAUUCUGAUUCUGGGAGUUCCUCUGGUAGUGACUCUGAUGCAGAUGAUGUGCAGUCCUGA